GCCAUCAUCGCACCAAAAGCAGAACAUCCUCAGCCGGCGAGAGCGAUGGCCAAAUGCGGCAAGAUCCAGAGCAUCGUCCGCCUCCAGCGGACGCUGCGGCGGUGGCGGUCCCGGGCCGCGGCGGCGCCGGUGCCGUCGGGGCACGUGGCCGUGUGCGUGGGCGGCGAGUCGCGGCGGUUCAUGGUGCGCGCGGCGCACCUCAACCACCCCGUGUUCCGGGAGCUGCUCCGGCAGUCGGAGGAGGAGUACGGCUUCCCGUCCACCCCCGGCCCCGUGGCGCUCCCCUGCUGCGAUGAGGACCGCUUCCUGGACGUCCUCCGCCGCGUGUCCUCCGAGGACCGCCGAGGCCGCUCGGUCUGCUGCCGCGUGCCGGUCGUCACCAGCCGCGACGUCGCGGCCCGGCCGUUGCUGCAGGGGAUGGCAGUGGAGAAGCUCGUGUGGUGACCGCUCGAUCGAGGCCGCAAAACUAGCCCUGGCGCACUGGCGCUUUUGUUCCGGCGGAGGCGGCUGUUGUGUUGCACGCCGAAAAGAUGGGAGCAUCUCGCGUGCCUGCCGCUGCCGAGAAUACCGACUGGUCGAUCCCGCGUACACAACAAGCGAUGGCACAUCUGUGCUCCCAUGCCCCGGCGUAAGGAAGGGGUUCGGCGCCGCCGCGUACACAAAAAGCAACCGUGGAGGGGCGAGGGCGCCGCCGCGGAUUCGGCGCCGAAGGGGUUCAGGAGCGGCCUCCGCAGAGGCGGGCGUGCGCGCCGCGCGGAAGAUGUGGCCGCCAGGGACUGCAUGUGCUUUUGUGGACCCCGUGGGACCCACCUCUAUUUGCUUUUUGAACAAACGAUCCCGGGUGCGAGUAACACGAAUGGCACUGCGAAUAUAUUUCAGACUUCAUCACUCUACUAAUUGAUCGAACAAAAGCGACAAUUUUUUGGGAUUGUUUUCUCUGUAACUAGCCUACUCGUCUGUGCAACUCCUUGCCGAGGCACACGAGUAAAUUAAUAAAGAUUGAUUGAUUGUUCUUGUUGUAGUA